UGUCAAACACAAGUUUUAUACAUUUGUUUUUUUUUUUUUUUGUUUUUUUGUCGAAAAAGCUGAAUAAUACAAAUCCAAAAUGAUUGGUAAAUUAUCAACGUGGUAUAAGGAAAAUGUCUCCGAGUCUGCGGAUUGCUGGGCCUGUCGAUUGAUAAGCGGUUUUGGCAUGAUGGGCAUUGGAGCCUUCCUUCUUGCACAGGCCAAACGUCGGAACAGACCUUUUGAGAAUUACACAAUGAAAAGCUUGGCUGCAGCUGCUGGAUUCUUAGGCGCCGCUCGGUUGGCUGAUGCAAACUUUCUUAAACCAGCGCAACCGGAAAAUAAAAUGCCAACCGCGAGCAGAAAAAUCGAAGAUCCUUUGGGGCCCUAUGCCAGGCGUUAGUAGUAUUAAGUAUUAUUAUUAAGGGUGCAGACUUGUUUUAGUUGAAAUACAAAAAUAUAAGUAUAUUUAGAGUCUAA